UAUUUAGUCAAAAACAAGUGCAUGGAUCAAAAUCAGAACAAACCGAUAAGUAAGCGUACUAGAAGAUUAUGAUUCACAUAUUAUGAAGAUGAUGAGAAUGAUAAGCACUCUUCAGAGAAGAGUGAAGUUCAAAGAGAAACUAAUAAAAGAAUAGUGAACCUACAAAAAGUAGAUCUGGUAGUGACCUAGAAGCAGAUUCCGACAAGCCCUUUAAAGUUUGGAAGCCUUCCUCUGAGCUAGAGUCGAAGAAGCUCAAAGAAAUAAGACUUCUUUCCCAAGAAAGCAGUUCUUCCCAAGAAAAUUCACAAUUUAGUAAAGAAGAUACAAAAAAAAGGACGAAGUGGAAGAACAGAAAGGCAUUAAGGAAGAUAAUGAUCCUGAGAGACAGAGUAAAGAACCAGGAUCAUUUUCAGAGAUUUCUGAAUACGAAACCUUGAAGGAGCAAGUUGAAGUCAACAGAAAAGCCUUGAGAGAAGCUUCUGCCGAACUUCAAGAAUUAUGUGGCCCCCUUCCAAUCUCUCAAGAAGAUGAAAAGAAAAUCGAAGUUCUGAGUAUGAAACUGAACAGAGUGGCUAAACUGGUGCUGAAAUCAAACAGAAAGCUCAAAUUGUACUCAGGAAAUGACACAAAGACAAUGUAACAUUCUAAUCAUUCAAUGGCUAUC